AUGCGACGAAAUUUAGGAAUCAACGUGAAAGGCAUUUCGGACAUGGUCGCUGACGUGAAUAACAUGGAUGAUGGGACGAGAGAGAAAAACAUGAAAACGAUAGCGAGUCACGUUUUGGAAUCGUUGGAAUUGCAACGCGAACUUUCGCCAUCAGGAAGACUGUUCGGUUUUCUUGUAUACGGAAAACACUUCGGCAUUUACGUGACUGGUCUUUACUUGUUCAUUAAGUUCAUGUAUAUUGUGAACGUGAUCUGCCAGUUUUUCAUUCUAAAUAGCUUCCUCGGGCCGCAGUACACGUUCUGGGGAUUGGAGAUUUUGCGCGAUUUGGCUUACGGCCGAGAAUGGCACGAAUCUGGUCAUUUCCCGCGAGUUACGAUGUGCGACUUCGAUGUCAGAGUUCUGGGCAAUUUGCAUCGUUGGACCGUGCAAUGCGUUCUGAUGAUAAACAUGUUCAACGAAAAGAUCUACCUGUUCCUGUGGUGGUGGUUUCUGAUCAUUGCCAUUCUGACCUGCAUCAACUUCUUCUACUGGCUGUUCGUUUCGAUCAGUCGUUCAUCGCAGCAGGAAUUCGUCGCCCGUUACUUGCGUGUGUCCGAAAAUUUUAGCGACAAGCCAGGCGAGAAGCGGCUGCUGCAGCGGUUCGUGAGGAGAAUGUUACGACCGGACGGAGUGUUCCUUCUCAGAAUAGUCUCUGUCAACGCCGGCGACAUUCCUACCACAGAUCUUGUGCAUUACCUGUGGAGACAGUUUCGCGAAAAGAACCAAUUUCCAAUUGCCGUAUCAGGCGAUGAGAAAGCUCUGAAUUCAGAAGGCAAAAAUUCUGAUUACGAAUCACCGUCUAAGGAAGAGAAAAUGCCUUUGACGAAGUCUUUCGGAAUGCGCUGA